CGUCAGCGCGUCGGGACCGUGGAGGAAAAGAGAGGCGGGAAAACAGGAGAGUGAAGAAAUUAUGGAGGAGCCAGUGACUGUGCUGAGGAACUGGGUGUUGAAGAUGGGUCGUCCCACCCGGGAUUUGCCGUCGGAUGCUGCUCUCCGCAACCUCUGCAGUGGCCAGGGCCGGGAUAUCUGGGAAUACGUCGCAAAGCAUGUCUUCCCGAAGGAGAAGGUGAAGAACGUGAAGGGGAACCUGGACUGGAACCGUUACAUGGAACAUGCUGCGAACGCGUCUCCUGAGGAGCAGGAGAAGAAGAGAUUGAUGGACCUUGUUAUCUCGUUGAGGGCAGACAUCCAGGAACUUGAUGGCAUCUCUGACCCAGCGCAGCAAAUGGCAGACGAGCGAGCGGUGGUGGAGGUGCGGCGGAGACUACAGGACCUCAGGCAGCAGCACACGCUGUUGAAGGCGUACAGCCUGCGAGCGGCCAGUCAGAGGCAGAGUCUGCAGGAGCACAGCAGGAAGGUGGGCGAGAGACUGCGGGGGCUCUCUGAGGUCCGCAGUGCGGCCCAGCAGAGUGUCGGCCUCCUCCGGACCAAGGAAGGCCUGAAACAUAGCGUGUGGCACCGCACGGGACCAGAGCCACGGGUACUGCAAGACCUGCGGGCAGCGUGCUGCAGCCGGUUCCAGUACCUCAAGUCGCUGUACGAUGAGAAGAGCAGAUCGCCAGAUAGUUGCGGAGACGGAGAUUCGAACAAUCGGAGUUCCAUCUAUCAGCAAUGGUUAAAUCAAGUCGAGAGAGCGCUGGCCGCUCAUCCGCCGAAGCAUAUCCUGGCAGCGUUGGAAAGUCUUGCUGCAGAGAACGAAGAGGAACUUCUUGAGCUCUGGUCCAAGGUUAAUGUGGCAAGGGACCUGGAAGAACUGAGGUUUUCCUACUCAAGUUCUCAUCUGCAGGACGUUUCAGAAGCCCCUCCCGUGCUGCGAUCUGUCAAGUCCUUGCUCCAGGAGGGCUGGCGAGAUUGUGAGCUUCGAGCCGUGGAGAAGGUCAGGGCAGCAAGGAGGCAGAUGCAGCUCAAGAGUCGUCUCCUAGUGCUGGGCCAGGAGUUCGAGCUGCUGUUGGAGGAGAGAUUAGGACACAGCCCGGAGCUGCUGAACGCCACCAGGGAGCUCUUUGAUCUGCAACUGGACCUGGUGGAGAGGCAGAGAUACUGUCAGGAGCUGGUGGAGCAGGGGCACUUAAUCAACAAUGCCAUCGUUGCCCGAAACCGGGAGAUCCAGUCUCUUCAGCAGAAGCACAACCGUAUCCUUGAGUUCCAGGGGCUGGUGGAUGUUAAACAGGACCUCGUACGGGCUUUGGUGAAAGGGAACUCGUCCGCCAAGACCCACUUGAUGUCAACACGGGCAGAGAUCAUCUUGUUCAGGGACCAGGACCUACAACAGCACAAGGAUAUAGUCCGUGGACUGACCGAGCAUCUGCGUGACUCCAUCAGCCGUGAGCUGAAACUCUUCUCAUCUGUCUCCCUGCCCUGCCUGGACCGCAGGCUCCUUCGCGGGUCUCAGAGGGUUCCCGCGCACACCCUGUCAAUCUACAGAAUGGAUAGCUCAAUGAACAACCCACCGUUUUACUGGCGCCUCAUGGAUCUGCUUUCAUUCCCCCUCUACAAGGCUCCUGAACACCUGAUUGAUGAGGCAGCCGAGAGGAAGAUGGAGAAGGAAACCCUGCAGACACUGCUAGCCCAGCAGAGAGAGGCGCUGGAGGCCGUACAACAGCGGUGGGCAAACCUGUCAGUCACUGACACCCAGGCCCUGGUGGAACGUGUGCAGGAACUGGACGAGCGCUGUGUGAGGGAGACCAUCCCAGCCAUCCACAGAAUACUUGAACAGUGCCAGCAGGCUCUCAACUUCACCCACACCCUGAACCAGGAGAUCAGUGAUUGGUGGGAGCAGCCAGCCCAGCUCUUGGUGCCCUGGGUGAAGAAGGAGGGGAGGAACGUGCAGGACUGGCUGCAGCGGUGGAAUCAGCUGGUGCAGCGGAGCCAAGACUACUUCUGGGAGCUGGAGAGGCAGAGACCCCAAGCUGUCCGGGACCCCCGCCAAGGCGGACUGUAACCUCCACCCUGCCCGCCGUCCGCCAUACCCCACUGCCCACACUCAGAACUCAUCCCUGCCACACUCCACAAAUUCUCCUUCUCUCCCCAGCAGGUUACGGCAGUGUGAACUGCCUCCCAAUGGGGAUGACUGUGUCCUGUGGUCCCGGCUAUAAAGGGUUGAAGGCUUCAGGAACUCUGAGUGGAUCUGGGUGAGUGGUGGUGAGGAGAGGGCUAUCUGCUGCACUGCAGGACGUGCGAGCGAAGCUGUUUGAACCCAUCGAGUAUUUGAGAGAUUCAUUGUAUGUGGUCUGUCACUCCCCCGAAUGAGGACCCCAGACUUGUCCUUCGCCACUCACCCUCUGUAGUGGUGAGAUGAGAGACCACAGGCGUUGGAACCAGAAGUAACACACUAUCUGCCAGAGGCCCUCAGCGGGUCAGGCAGCAUGUGAGGGAGGAACGGAUGGAGACCCUCAUCUGCAUUGGUGGUGCAGAAGGGAGCUUGUCGGUUCGGAGAAUGGAGAGAGGCCAGAAGGUGAUGGAUGAAGCGAGGAGGUGUAAGGCGAUGGGCAUACCAGCUAGUAGGUUAAUUGGUCAGUAAGUUAUCCCAUGAUGAGGCUAGAAUUAAAUAGAUAGGUUGUUGGGCAGUGUGACUUGUUGGACUGGCGGGGCCUGUGUCAUGAUGUAUCUCUGAAAGAAUGAGUAAAUUGGUGUGUGUUCCUCUGGUUUACAUUUGGCCACUCCUUGGCAUUGGAGUAAUGGUGGGCAAGAGUUGGAAUUGGUUUAUUAUUGUUAUGAACCGAGAAACUGAAAGUUUGUCUUGCACACUUGUUUAUACAGAUCAGAUCAUUAAACCGUGCAAUUAGGUAGAACAAGGUAAAACAAUAACAGAAUGUAGAACAGAGUGCAAAAGCCACAGAGAACAUUCAGUGCAAUAAGGUGCAAGGUCAUUGGUACUUUGUGAGGUCAGGAGUUCACCAGUGUGGAAAUGGAGUAGGGGAGUUGAAAUGAUGUGCAACUGAGAGCUGGGAAUGGCUCUAGUGGGGGUGGGGGGGACAGGAUCUAGGAGCUGCACAGGAUGGUCGUCCAGUCUCACUAUCAUCGAGAAGGCCUCAUCCAGAGAAUACAAUACAGCGGACGAGGUUGGUGGAGGUGUGCGUGAAUCCCUGCCUCAUCUGAGGGUGCCGUUCACCUUGGCUGUGAGGGCUGAGGGGAAGUUUUAAUUACUUAGAAAGACAGUGUGGAACAGGUUCUUUGAGCACCUAGCAUAAUCACAGGACAAUGUACAAUGACCAGUUAACCCACUAACCGGUAACUGAGGGAGGAAACCCAUGUGGCUCACAGGAGGAAUCUAUAAGCUUGCUUACAGUGGUUGCUGGAAUUCCAAUGCUCCGAGUUGUAUGUGCCAGGAGUUAGGAAGUGGUCCCUGUGGAAGACAGUAGGGAGGGGGAGUUGCAGAUGGUGGUGGGGGGCGGUAAUGACGUGCUGGAAGGGGAGGCUAUUGGGGUGAAAGUUGAGUGCCGGGGGAACCCUGUUCAGUUUGGAGGGAGAUUAGGUGAGAGCAGAAUCAGGGUAAUGGCGAGAGCUUCAGCUGCAGGAAAGCAACAUUUCGUGAAUAGGGAAAUCAUUUCCGAUAUCCUGGAGUGGAAAGGCUUGCAGAACGGUACAGCACAGGAACAGGCCCCUGCAGCCAUGAUGUCUGUGCCAAAAUAGAUUAAAUCCCUUCCGCCUGAGGGAUUCCUAUCCCUCCAUCCCCUACAUAUUCAUGUCUUAUCAACACCUCUAACACGUCUUGUCUCCACCACCACCCCGGCAGCACAUUCCAAAAUCUUGCCCCGCACGUCUCCCAAACUUUCCUCCUCUCACCAUAAAGAUGUGCCUGUAGUAUUUGAUGUUCCAAGAAUCAAGAUUCUUUAAUAUCACUGCCUGUGCACGAGUGUAAGGAGAGCGACAUAAUUGUUACUCCAGUCCCGAUGCAGUGCAAGGACACAGAGUUCAAUAAUAUAAAUACGUAUGAAGCUGCUAUACAGCACUGAGAUGGAUUGAUGCUAGGCUGCACUUAAAGUCACUGAUGGGAAAUAAAGUAGUGGCGAAGGUGUUGAUCAGUCUUACUGCUUGGACAAAGUAACUUUUUGAGUCUGGUGGUCCUGAUGUGGGUGCUAUGUAGCCUCCUCCCUGAUGGGUGUAGGGCAAACAGACUGAGCAGGUGGGUUACCGGCCCUUUCUGCGUACAUACCCACGAUGGUGAGUAGUUUGGUGCCAGUGAUGUGUUGGCAGUUUUGACUGCCCACUGUAGAACUCUCCUGUCCACCACAGUACAGUUUCCGUACCGCGCACCUACAUUUUCUACUGCACAUCUGUAAAAUGAUGUGAAUAUAGACGUGCAAGUCCAGUUCUCUUCAGCCUCCUCAGAGAACUCCAGAGGAGUUUUUUUGACUGCGUAGAAUGUGUCCUGCCUGGGACCAUGAGAGAUGGUGUGUGAUGUGCUCUCCCAGGAGUUUGAAACUGUUUACAGUUUCCACUGCUGUCAAAAUGGCACUGGUGAAUCAUGGUGACGUAUUGCAGGCUGCUUACUGAUCUUGUACAUGUACUUCUGAAUUACUCUCUGCAGUCUUUAAUUUCUCCUUAAGCAAUAUACUUUCGGACCGUCUUAAUGAACCAGCGAUUUCACGAUCUUGUGAAGGUCUCGGCAGACUUGACUGUCAAGCAUGCAGGUACAAAUGGAUGAAGUUACAUCACCAUGACUGACAGAGAGGGAGGAGGGGAGGGCUCAAAGCUGAGGUAAAAUACGGAGGAAUGAAACUCCCUCAACACAGCAUCUUGCUAAUGAAAGAACAGUCACUGGAGAACAAGAUCGAGGACCUCAGGGCAAGAUUGCUGAAUCAGAGGGAAGUGAGGAAUUGCACCUGUUGUGUAUUUCAUAUGUCAGUAAUAUUUGAGUAAUCUUGUAACAAUAGUUCAAUCUUGUUUCAAUAAUUGAUUAGGUUAUAUAUAUUAAAAAGUGAAUUACACAUGUCAUCACACUACCACAUGAUAUGUAUGCACCUUGCUCAAAGUAAACCCAAAGUUAAAUUCA